AUGCUAAUCCUAGCUUUUCCAGGCCGUCUCCAAAUGAUCAAGAAGCUGUUGUCGCCCGCGUUUGCAAUACGAAGGUCCUUCCUCACAUCCCCGUACCUCCAAUCGACCAGCAAUGAAGCGCCAGCAGCACCAACUGGGUCUCCGCCCGAUUACUACACACCCGGCAUCAACGUCGAUUUCGAAACGGCCCUAAAAGCCCUGCAGCCGACGCCCGAGUUCCUCGCCUCCCUCGAUGCUAAACGUAAAAAGCACGUGGAGAAGCUGCUGGAGGAGUUGAAGCUGUACGUCUACAUGGCCAACAAGGUACCUCGAAAAAUGACGCCCCGGGAUUGGGAGCAGUAUUCGAACGAGCUCAAGCUGCCCACGCUUCAGAAACGGGUGCAGUUUCUCGAGUUUAUCGCUGUAAAACAGCGCCGCCGGUAUAAAGAUGAGCUGAAGGAGCAGCAGCGGAAGGAGGCGAACGUCGACAAGUACAAGCAAGCUGACGAGGCCGAGAAGCGGAUUGCAGCCGGGGAAUAUCGGACUGGACUUGGCGGGUACACGCUGAUCCAGAACCCAAAUACCAAGCGAAUGUCGGCAGUGAUCGGGUCCAGAUUCUACGCGGCCACGCGAUCGGAUCGCCCAAUUAUCGGGCUUGAUUUGCAGUUUUUGCGGGAUCCACAAGUUAGUCAUGGGCAAAUGAUGCGCCAGGCCGGGAUGUUUGUGGCAGAGGAGCUGGAAACAACAUACCCGCUCAACAUGCGGAUUUUUAAUAAGCCCCCGAACAUCGACGACCUCCUGAAGAAGCAUCUCGGCGAAUUCAUGUCCAGCUAUCAGGACCAGAAAUUUCUGCCGCCGCUCUCAUCUGCGCCGCUGCUCGAGACGUUCGCAGACUGCCGGAAAAUCGUCUAUAUCAGCAAGCAUGCCCGGAAAAUGCUGGAGGGGCCCUUGGACGCAGAUGCUUAUAUCCUGCCGGUGACCCUCGAUCAGCGCAAGGAGUCUAUUGGUGCAUUUCGCGAACUUUUGAAUCAAGUGUCGAGGCGGGGAAAGCAUUUGCCGCCCCUAGAGGUCGAUAUCCGCUUCUUCCCGCUGGAAAAGUACAUGAAAUUGUACGGGAGCAGAUAUGUGCCGAUACAAAGCGCCGGCCGCAUCUUCAAGGAGGUCUACACGAGCCGCGGCGAUUGGAAGUCGGCCCUGUUCAACCACAUCUCCAAGGUGAAAUACACGGAAUCGAAUUCGGAGGAGCGCGGCUUUUGGUAUAACCAGCAGAGCAGCUGGAAGCGGCAUAACAAAGAGGAACGCGUGCAGAUUGCUGACACUAUCAAAGAAGCGCUGGGGCAA